CUCUGCCCAACCGCAGCCCGGCCGCCCGAUCUCCGCGGAGCCCACCCGGGCUGCCAUCUCCCUCCCCCGAGACGGCCGCGCGGGCGGGAGGACGCGCAGACGCCAGCUUCGGUCCCCUUUCUGUCUCUCGGUUCCUCUUUCCUCCCAAGUAAGGGAAUAAGCCGCGAGGAAGGAGCGUCCCGGGCAGCCGCGCAACCAAGUGUUGCAUGGUGAGGAAGAGCCAGGAUUUCUGAAUUUACCUUGACUACGGGCAGGAGGAUGUUACCUGAGGAAUAGUAGAGGUCUUUUCUCAUCUGCCGAGAGGUGCCUGCUGCUGCCAUAAACACUUGAGUGCUCCAAAAAGUCUCCUGAAAGGCUUAUCCAUUGCACGCCUGCAAUGAGCCAGUCUUUGGGCUGGGCCUUGGCUUCCCCCUGGUGAACAAAACUCCAUCCAAGCCUCAAGGCGCUCAUAACCAGUUUAAAGAUGAGUGAAGAACGGUGGGUCUCCCUCACUCCUGAAGAAUUUGACCAACUCCAGAAAUAUUCAGAAUACUCCUCCAAGAAGAUAAAGGAUGUUUUGACUGAAUUUAAUGAGGGUGGGAGCCUCAAACAAUGUGACCCACAUGAGCCGAUUAGCUACGAUGUCUUCAAGCUGUUCAUGAGGGCGUACCUGGACGUGGACCUUCCUCAGCCACUGAGCACACACCUCUUCCUGGCCUUCAGCCAGAAGCCCAGACAGGAGACCCCUGACCACCCGAAGGAGGGGUCCAGCAGCAGCGAGGCCAACAGCCCAGAUUCUAAUACACAGAACAUGGAUAACACUGCCAAAGCAGAUGAGGCCCGUGCCCCUGACACCAAAUCAAAGACGGCCAAGAAGCGAGCACCAGCUAAAGACCAAGUGGCUGUGACCCCCCUGGGAGCCCUUGCUGCUCAGACUUCAAGCUCAGAAUCCCCCACCGUGUACCUGAAGGACGUCGUGUGUUACCUGUCCCUGCUGGAGACAGGGAGACCUCAGGACAAGCUAGAGUUUUUUCAUAAGAUGGGCUUAAAUAUCCACUCCGGACAAGCUCUGGAGAUGGAUCGAAUUGUCAACCAAAUGCUGCAUAUUGCCCAGUACCUGGAGUGGGAUCCCACAGAGCUAAGGCCUAUAUUGAAGGAGAUGUUGCAAGGGAUGGACUACGACCGGGAUGGCUUUGUGUCUCUACAGGAAUGGGUGCACGGAGGGAUGACCACCAUCCCAUUGCUGGUCCUCCUGGGGAUGGACGACUCUGGCUCCAUGGGGGAUGGGAGGCAUGCCUGGACCCUGAAGCACUUCAAGAAACCAACCUACUGCAACUUUUGCCACAUCAUGCUGAUGGGUGUUCGGAAGCAAGGCCUGUGCUGCAUUUACUGUAAAUACACUGUCCACGAGCGCUGCGUGUCCAAAAACAUUCCUGGGUGUGUCAAAACGUACUCAAAAACCAAAAAGGGCAACGAGGUGAUGCAGCACGCGUGGGUGGAAGGGAACUCCUCUGCCAAGUGUGACCGGUGCCACAAAAGUAUCAAGUGCUACCAGAGUGUCACCGCCCGACACUGCGUGUGGUGCCGGAUGACGUUUCACCGCAAAUGUGAAUUAUCAACGUUAUGUGAUGGUGGGGAACUCAGAGACCACAUUUUGCUGCCCACAUCGAUAUGCCCUGUCACCCAGGACAGGCAAAGUGGAAAACCUGAUGUCAGCACGUCAGCCAAGGGCGAACUUGUGAUGCAGUAUAAGAUCAUCCCCACACCGGGUACCCAUCCCCUGCUGGUCUUGGUGAACCCCAAGAGUGGAGGGAGACAAGGAGAAAGAAUUCUUCGGAAAUUCCACUAUCUGCUCAACCCCAAACAAGUUUUCAACCUGGACAAUGGGGGGCCCACUCCAGGAUUGAACUUCUUCCGUGAUACCCCGGACUUCCGUGUUUUGGCCUGCGGAGGAGAUGGUACAGUUGGCUGGAUUUUGGAUUGCAUCGAUAAAGCCUGCUUCACAAAGCAUCCACCAGUGGCUGUCCUGCCUCUUGGAACAGGAAAUGACCUUGCACGUUGUCUCCGCUGGGGAGGAGGUUAUGAAGGGGGCAGCUUGACGAAAAUCCUGAAGGAAAUCGAGCAGAGCCCGUUGGUAAUGCUGGACCGCUGGCAUCUGGAAGUCAUCCCCCGAGAGGAGGUGGAGAAUGGGGACCAGGUCCCGUACAGCAUCAUGAACAACUAUUUCUCCAUUGGUGUGGAUGCCUCCAUUGCACACAGAUUCCACAUGAUGAGAGAGAAACACCCUGAAAAAUUCAACAGCAG